AUGUACUGGCGCGUCGGGUUCGCCUGGACGCGCUCGUGUGUGGUUGAUCUUGGCCGGAACCAGAGCUUCUCAUUCGGCCUGUGCGGCUCCGAUGAGCAGCUCUCGUUUUAUGGGUACAUCAUCGCCUACCCUCUGCAGGACUACGGCGGGAUCAUGUCAGCCCUUGGGUCAGACUCGUGGUGGCGGAAAACGCUUUAUCUGGCUGGGGGCGCUCUGCUCGCCACCGCUGCCUAUCUACUGCACGAGCUGCUCGCCAUCAGGUAGGCCUACCAAAAAAAAGAGCCAUGUCAAUAACACUGUAGCUGCAGAACACGCUUGUCUACAGUCAAUUACUCGUGGCAUUGAUAUCAAUAUGAAUGGUUGCCGUAGUGCCUGGGCAUGAUUUAGGAACAUCAAAUGUCUGUAUUAUUGUUGUAUUUUCAAUAUAUGCUAUUACUUAAUUUGGGCGGGUUGAGCGCUGCAUGAGCGGAAUCGGUUGAUAAUCAAGAUUCGUGAGUGGGUGGAUUGUGAAUGUGAUGUAACCGCCCGCUUGAAGGAGAUUCAAUGUUCAGUCGCGUUAUGGAAAAAAAUAAACCAAUGAGUCACGCGAGUGUUAUGGAUCUUCGUAUUCCAGUGAUGUGCCUGUUAUUAGUGAGAGUUCUUUGUAAUUACAAUAAUAGGAAGAUCAUGUUUAUUGCUGCAAAGGUUGACUUUCAUUUAUUUACAAUUUCUCAAGGGCAUGGGAUGAUAGGGCAUGUGUGAUAUUGGUUCUAUGGCUGUACCCAAGCCAAAGAUGUCUCCUCGUUUUCUGUCGACUCUUGCCGUAGAAAAACACUGCGGUUGUAAUAGAAUGACCUUUACUAACCUCGCACGUGAGAUAAGAGAGAAGAGAAGCCAGGCCCAAAUAGGCAUGAGCUAACAUAAAUUGGCGAUCUGUUAACAUGGAAAACUGCAGCUUCGCCGUAGAAUCCCUAGUUUUUGCUCAAAUAAUGUCUGGGGUGAUUGACCUCCGUCGCUGCUGUCCUUACAAAAACAUAUCCGGUUACCUGCAGCAACAAUAGCCCAAGGCCUACUCAGCAAUGACGUAGCGUUUGUUUUUGCUCAGCCUGUGCUCUUUCAUACUUUAAAAACUAUAAUGAAGAUCAAUUCUACAUCAAUCUCUAAGUAGUUACUCUGUAAUUUACUCUCCCUGUAUGCCAUUACACCGAAGCGCUUUGCACUCUAUAGAUAAUGGGAUCAAAACGCUUUUUGUUGUUGUUGUUGGUAUGUGGGCAUUUUAGCACCACCGCUAACUGGACAGCUCUUCGGAAUUUCAGCAAUGACGUUGUCCUCGCGUUUAAGCACCUUUAUGAAGUAAACAGUUCCCUUACACAUCUACUUAAGUUGUGACCACGUUGGUCAGUACAAACGUGUAAUAUUAUCUGCUACAGUGGCCAUGUUAAUGUAUUGCAAUAUUUCAUCCGGUUGUGUCCUAAUUGUUUUGACAUUGUAGUGUCCCGUUGGCAAUGGCGCGCCCUUGCCCGAAGAUUCAGCCUGGGUCUGGUGCAAGGCUCUCUGUGCAAGAAAGCUAUAAAACGUGACAUACUAUUGCACAUGGGAUUGAUGCAUAAGAUCUAAGUACAUGUACUUAAAAUUAAAAAAAUGUUUUUUAUUAUUUUUAAAUUACAAUUUGAUCAUUAGCCUAUAAUCGCGUCCAGAUGAAUGUGUCAUUGUGUCAUGAAUGUGUACACUACAGCCUACCAGGGGAUGCAGAUAUCAUCAAGAUAAAAACAUUAUUUACAGUGUAUUUGAAUUGGGACUUAAUUUUCACUUAUCCAAUAUGAAGAUGGCCUUACAUCAGAGUUGAGGGCUUAUUUCAUGCAUAUAAUUAUGCACUGCUUUGAAUAAAAUGUAUAAAUAUGAGUCAUUAGAAUGUGGAGCUCACACUGCCUUGUUCUGGCUGGUCCAUAGGAAGGAACAGGAGCUGAACUCUAAAGAUGCCAUCAUCCUUCACCAGUUCUCCAGACCAAAGAGUGGUGUCCCUUCCCUCUCCCCCUUCUGCCUCAAGAUAGAAACCUACCUACGCAUGGUGGACCUGCCCUACCAGGUGUGUGUGUGAGUGUGAGUGUGAGAGAGAGAGAGAGAGAGAGACAGAGAUGUUUGGGUUGGUGCGUGUUUGAAUGAGUGAUUUUGAUGUAAUGGUUGUGUAAUUUUCUAUUGAAGAGGAGUUGACCAUUUGAAAUUCCUUCUCCCCCCCCCCUUCUCUCUCUCGCUCUCGCUCCGCUCUCUCUCUCUCUCCCCCUCUAUACUGCAGAACUACUUUGAUGGGAAGCUGUCUCCCCAGGGGAAGAUGCCAUGGAUAGAGUACAACCAGGAGCAGGUGUCUGGUACAGAGUUCAUCAUCGACUUCCUGGAGGAGAAGCUGGGCGUGAGCCUCAACAAGAACCUCAGUUCCCAUGAGAAGGCUGUGUCCCGGGCUGUCACCAAGAUGGUGGAGGAACACUUCUACUGGUGAGACACAUCCUGACCGCAGGACAUCCACUAGAUACUGGAAUAGGAUAUAUGAUACACUGGUGAAUGUGAUUGUGUCACAAACCCUGGUGUUGUAAGCACCAUGCUCCAACCAACUGUGCCGUCGGGAGCACACUUUAUAUCAGCGUAUAGAUUUGAGAUACUGUAGUCCAGGGCUCCCCCACUGGCGAAUUUGGCGAUUUAAUAUCUCCCCCCACCCCCCCUCCCAAGUUUUCGGAGCAAAAAAACCCAAUGUUUAUAUUUUAUUCUUUUUCAUUGUUGGACAUAAAAGACUGUAAAAACACCAGCUAAUCAGCUCCAAUUGAUUUUAAUUUAGGAAAUCUGUUCCAAAAAUCCCAAGCAUAAUAGAGAGAUAUACUGUGAUCGUAUACAAAUGAAAGCAAGGUUUGAAACGAUUAUGUUUUAGUCAAAUAUUAUAUCUGUUUGUGCUUCUUGUGGUCAAUUUGCAGUCGACAAAUUAUUUGUAAUUAUGUUACGGCCUCCUGACCAUCCGCUCAACAAAAAAUCGGCCCGUGGCUGAAUCUAGUUGAUAAUCCCUGCUGUAGGCCUAAUGAAAAUCUCUGCUGGUCUGUGUGUGAUGAUAGGACCAUAGCGUACUGUCAGUGGGUGGACAACCUGGAGGAGACCCAGAAGAUGCUGGCGGUGAGCGGCCCGCUGAGUGACCUACUCAAGUGGAUCCUGAGUCACCUGACCGGCGGCAUCGUGAAGAGAGAGAUGUACGGCCACGGGAUUGGACGGUUCACCAAGGAGGAGGUCUACACUCUGAUGGAGAAGGACAUGCGGACGUUGGCCACCCUGCUCGGUAUGUAGAGUACACUGUAGAUUAUCAGUAAGAUCACACGUAAUCCUAAAGAUCAUAAUCCCCAUCUUAUUUCACAAGGUACAGUCUGCAGCCUUAGAAGCCUUGUUCAUUUCAUAUCUAGGCCAGGGCUAAGGCCAGCUGUAGGUUCCUUUGUUGUUUUAUGGAUUAUUCAGGUGUUAGAGGAGGCUGGUGAGAGGAGCUAUAGGAGGACAGGCUCAUUGUAAAGAUGGAAUGGUAUCAAACAUAUGGAAACUCUGUUCAAUAUAUUCCAUUCCAGCCAUUCCAAUGAGUCUGUCCUCCUAUAGCUCCUCCCACCAGCCUCCUCUGUCGGGUAUACAGUACUAUGGCCAGUUUCAAGUGCUAGAAGGAACAGCCUUGUACAACUCUGUCCUCUUCUGGCGAAAGUAGGAUACCACACCAUGUGGACUAAUUUGCGGUACAAAAUAUACUUGUUUCCAUACAGCAUUCUUCUCGCUCACUGAUUCUUUAUGUUUUUCUCUGGGUAGGUGAUAAGAAGUACCUGAUGGGUCCUACGCUAUCCAUGGUGGAUGCCACUGUGUUCAGCCAUCUAGCCCCUGCCAUGUGGACCCUGCCGGGCACACGGCCAGAGCAGCUCAUCAAAGGUGAGCUCACCAACAAGCCACAUUGCCUGUUAUGGUUAACAUCACUCCCCAGAAAGAACAUCCCAGAGGUUAAAAAUAAAAUAAAAUAAAUAAUCAAGUUACAGUGGUGAGGAAGAAACCUUGAGAGAAAUCAGACUCUAGAAGAUACUCUAUCUUUAAUAAAUAAAAUACAUAUUUUUAACCCAUUCUCAGCUGAGCUUGUUGACCUUUGCCUCUGUGUUGACCUUUGACCCACCCUGUCCCCUCCAGGCGAGCUGAUCAACCUGGCCAUGUACUGUGAGAGGAUCCGCCGGCGCUUCUGGCCUGAGUGGUUCGUUGAUCUGGAGGACUUCUGUUACGAUGACACCACAGAGGACGAUGACUCCCUGUCCAAACUCCAGGACCUGGGGCUGUACUCCCGCACAGACACCUUUCAAGACGAGGCCAGCCCUCCUCACACACACACACCCACGCACACACACACAAUCUCACCAGACAGUGACCGCACGGGUCUCUCGCUCUACGACUCGGACAUGGACACGGAGUGCUCCGAGAUGGAGCAGCUCAAGUGUUGA